AUGAGUCCCUUUGGAUCUCCUUCGAAGUAUUCGCCACUCCAUUGGUCUCUAAGUCGCGAAACUUUCGCCAACACGACUGUCCACUCGGCGCCCACUUUGGAGACAAUCAGUCGAUCCCUAUUUGCCGACAAUAAGGAUAUCAUUCGGAUUGAGUUUGAGGCGAACGGCAAAGAAGUGCCCAUCGAUGUGGUCAGCGCUGGAGCGGCACCACCUAAACACGUGAUCAGAUACGUGUCAUCGGCGGUCAAUUUGGUCCGAUCUUACGAAAUGUUCGGUAAGAAUGGCUUUACUUACGCACAGUUGACUGCACCGGUCGGUCAGCGCUUGAAGGAGACGGUGGCCGGCGAUGGGAACCGUUCGCGCAAUAAGAGACGCAUAAAGACUGAGACCCACUGCAAGUUCUGUAAGAACAACAACGAGACGCCUGAGAUGUAUAACUCUCACGUCUGCAAAGACCCGAACGGCGUCACCGUCUGCCCCGUCCUCCGCAACUACGACUGUCCAAAGUGCCGAUCCGGCGGCGGAGACAGCGCUCACACUCUGAGAUACUGUCCGCUAAAUAAAGAGGGCGAUAAGGACUACAAGCCAUCGGUCAUCAAAGUCCUCAAAAAUGGUCGUUCGGCUGACGGCAAGAAGCGAUACAUAUUCUUCGAGAAUGAAAACUUGAUGUGA